AUGCAGUCUCUGUUUGGCGGAGGGGAGCUGGGGCUGCUGGGAGGAGGCGGCGACGCAGGGGGUCUGAAGGAGGAUGGCUGUGGCAGCGUGGCGUGGCGCUCGUCUCCUCUGCCCCCCGAUGAUGUCUACUCAGCCUCCCACAUUGCCCUUAUCACCGCUUAUCAGGACAUCAAGACGAGGCUGGCCUGCCUGGAGCGAGAGAACAGCAGCAUCAAGAGGAAGCUGAAGAUCUACGAGAUCAAGUUCCCUAUGAUCAGCGAAUUUGGGGAGGACACCAACUCAUACUGCUCCUUCGAGAGCAAGGAGACGGCACUGCUGCACUCGGAAAAUGGCAACUUGCAGCAGAGAGUCAACAUCCUGACCCAUGAGCUCCAGAAGAGGAAGGAGCGCGAGGAGCAGCUGGAGGAUGUGAUCCAGGCCUACGAGAAGAUUCACAUGGAGAAGAGCAACCUCCAGAGGGAUCUCGACAAGAUGACCAGCCUGGUGGAGAAGCACGUGGAGCGUAUCCUGAGCCUGGAGUCGGCUCUGAGGCAGAGGGAAAGCUCUCUGCAGAAAAUCAACAUGCAGCUGCACAGCAAAGACAUGCAGUACCUUCAACUCCACGCCGGCCCAGACACCCACAGGCUCGACUGUCCAGGCCUGACCCUUCAGAGCUCCCGCAGCCUGGACGCCCUGUCGGAUUUAAAGCUGCAGCAGUUGGAGGCGGAGCUAGAAGGGGCGCGGCACGAGGCCCAGGGGGCGUGUCAGCGGGAAGAGGAGCUGAAGGCCGAGUGCGAGCGACUGAAGGAGGAGAUGAGACAGCUGCAGAACAGCCAGAGGGAGAGGGAAAUGACUUCUCCGUGCAAGCAGUGUGAUGUGGAGUGGAUAAAGAAGGUGGGAGAUGAGCAGGUGAAUCUGGCUCUGGCCUACACAGAGUUAACCGAGGAGCUGGGUCGCCUCCAAGCGCUGAGCUCCAAGCAGACGGAGAUCCUGAGGAAAGCCUCGCAGGAGCAGGCUAGUCCAGUCCAGCGUCACUCUCCCAUCCACCACCAGCGCCACUCUCCAGUACCUCAGCGCCAUUCACCCAUCUCACAGCGCCAUUCUCCGGUCCCGCCUCCGUCUCACCACUCCCCGAUCCAACAGAGACGCUCCCCGGUGGUGCUGCAGCGCCUCUCCCCUGACAUGCACCGCCGCUCGCCCCUGCUGGACAUUAAUAACGGACCGGCCUCUUACUCCUGCCGGCCACCCACCCAGCACCUGCGGGCCAGCUUCCAGGGACGCCGCAGUUACUCCGAGGUUGCGGACCCCUCGGCUUACCAGUGCCCGCCCCGCUUCUCCCUGGACCCUGUCUCCACCCUGCCUAAACCACGGCCCUACGUUGAGGGCUAUGUAAAACAGCAGCCGCAGCAUGUGAGCUCUAAUCAUGGUGGACUGCAGCACAGGGGGUCGCCCUCUCCUCAUCAAGGUGGCGGAGGAGACGGAGGUCACGGGGAGAGCUCCAUGCGCCACUCAAGGGAGAUGCCAUUCCCGCUGUCUGAGGUGGCCCACCUUCGUUUUGAGCCGCCUCCACCUCCCACACAGGCCCCACAGCCCCCACAGUCCUCUGAAGAUGAGGAGGAGUGGACCUGCCCGCAUCCCAUCAGCCCACCACGGACGCUGGGUGUGCUUUCUUCAGCCGUGCCCAGUAGUGUCAUGAGAGGCCCGGCGUCCUGCUCAGCCUUCCCCAUCCCUCAGCGGCCUAACACCCUCAGCUGCCACCCGCAGCCAGGGUACCUGUCAGCGGAGCAUGCGCAGUCCUGGCCUUCAAUCAAUCUCUGGAUGGAGACCGAGGAGAGCGACAUGCGGAGCUGCCCUCUCUGCCAGCUGAUAUUCCCCGUCGGUUACCCUGACGAUGCCCUCAUCAAGCACAUUGACUCCCACCUGGAGAACAGCAAGAUCUGA